AUGAUUCGAGCGCUGGACAGCUUUGACUUCGUUGGAAACGGCUAUUGGUCUAACUUCAGGGAUGGCUUCUCCAGAAUCGGCAUGGAAUACUACCUGCCGGUGGACGCGCCGGGCUGCGAAAGCUGUGCCAGGGAAUGCUUGAACUAUCCGGACGAUGCUUGCAUCGCAUUUAACACAGACGGUGGCGACUGCUCCAAUGCUGCGAACUGCAUGGUCUACACGGAGCUGGGCACGCCCUACUCGCACGAGAUCACGCGAGCCUUCACCCGGAAGCCAGCCUCCGUGACGACCACGGCCAGCCCGACGACCGUCACCACCACGAAGGCCUGGGACUUCGAGCUGGCUCUCAGCUGCAGCCCAAAGCGGGACAAGGUGGCCUUCUACAGCGUCGGCUCGGGGACUUGCCAGGAUGCCCAGGGGCGCGAGGCAACCGCUGCCUCACGACCGCUGAGCACAAGAGCAGGCUGCGAGGCGCAUUGUGAGGAGAUGUCUGAAUGCCUUGGCUACUUCAUCCAACCAGAGCUCUGUACUCUGUAUCUGUCCUCAAGCUUGGACAUCCCAGAUGGUUGGAGCUUGGAAGCCAACUUGGAUUCCACCGUAGUCGACAUCGUACAAGGUUCUGGCACACCAGCUCUUGCAAACUGUAUGAAGAAAGGCUUGCAUUACUGUGGAUGGACACCCAAGCCUUCAACUGGAACUCCCUUGAACUGUGGCGGCUCGGCUGUUGAGUGCUGCUGA